AUGGCGCAGAACUCUGUGUCCCUGUCCGCCGGCGAUCGAAGGAGCCGGGUGGCUUACCUCAGCUCUUCCCACGGUGACCUCAGCUCAUCGGCUUUAGCGUUGGCGAUGGUCUCCGGAGACAGCUUCCUCGUUACCAGGCCCGAGGCGAUUCUUCCAGAAUCUGUUCCUCGAUCCUCUGUGCGGCUGAACUUCCGGACCGAGAGUCGUCGGGCGCCUGGUGGCGGCCGAAGCCCGACCCGCUUUAAUGAGGGAAGGGAACUGGAGGCGCGGAGACGAAGCCGACAGGCCGGAUUCUCACCUUACCCGGGCCCUGCGGUGAAACUCAACCUUCUAAGAAGUGUCCUGCAACAGCGUCUGGUGGCACUUGGAGGAGUUAUCGUAGCCCGUCUUUCGGCUUAA